AUGAAGGCGGCCGUGGUAUCAGUCCUCAUCCUACUCGUGAUUUUCGUGGUCUGGCCGGUAUCAGCUGACAGGAAAGACUUACCUGGAGCUGGAGGAUACUACGGAGGCGACGAGGACGAUGACAAUGACACAAAGUCUUGGUUUCCUUUGGACAAUCAAUUAUCAUUGAGUUAUUAUGAUAGGAUUUGUCCAGAUUUUGAGAAGAUCGUUGCUACCAAAGUGAGAGAAUGGACAAAGAAGGACUCCUCCCUUGGUCCAGCCCUCCUCCGCCUUCUCUUCCACGAUUGCGGUGUCACGGGAUGUGAUGCAUCCGUUCUUCUAGACCACGAAGGAUCAGAGAGAAGAUCCCCAGCGAGCAAAACCCUAAGAGGCUUCGAGCUAAUCGACGAUAUCAAGUCUGAGAUAGAAAAAGCCUGCCCUGGCUUAGUCUCCUGCGCCGACAUCCUAACCGCAGCUAGCCGGGACGCAACCUUCCAACUGGGUGGUCCUUACUGGCCUAACGCCUAUGGGCGUCGUGACUCCACCGACUCUUACGCUAGAGAUGUCGAGAAAGUCCCUUCAGGCCGCCGUGACAUCACUGCCCUUCUCGAGACGUUUCAGUCUUACGGUCUCAAUGUUCUCGACCUUGUUGUCCUUUCCGGAGCCCACACCAUAGGCAAAGCCUACUGUGGCACCAUCCAGUCGAGGCUUUACAACUUCAACGCAACUUAUGGAACUGAUCCGUCGAUUGACUCCAAAUACGCAGAUUUCUUGCGUCGCAAGUGUCGUGUAGCCUCAGAGACCGUUUACCUAGACGCUGCAACUCCGGUGAAAUUCGACAACCAGUAUUACAUUAAUCUUCAAAAGAAUAUGAGAGUCCUGACCACUGAUCAGGAGCUUGUGAAGGACCCUAGGACCGCUCCACUUGUGAAGGCUUUCGCAGAGCAGCCACCUCACAUGUUCAGACAGCAGUUUGCUGUGUCUAUGACUAAGCUGGUCAAUGUUGGUGUCAUCACUGGCGAAGAUCGUGUUGGAGUGAUCAGGAAGGUUUGCAGCAAAUCUAACUCCAGACCUUACUGA